AUCCGGGAUUAGUCCCUAGGUCCUUCUGACUCCAAAGCCUGUGGUCUGUCCAUUAGGUCAUGGAUGUAAUGAAAGGGAUCUUUCCAAGGUGAGGGCACUUAACAUCAUACGGAUUUCAUUUUUAGAACUUUAAGAAUCAGAACAUUUUUGUCCCAGUUCACCCUCCUUCUUGGGUAGUCUCAGGACCAGGCUUCAGCUGUCAUUCCUGAUGGGAGACUCCAUCUGCCCACCUAAUUUCUGGAACUCCAUCCCACAGUGUUAGAAUUUUUAAAAGGUUCAUCCCAAAGUAUUUGGGAAAAGUUUGGGGGAGAAGGGGAAACCUGUUGAAGGAUCCACUAGAUUGAGACUCCUUGAAGAAAUGGAUCAUGUCUGAAUUCUAUUAUACUGGACUCUUCCAAGCACUUACUACAGAGCUCUGCACAUGCUGAGAGCUCAAUAAAUACCACUGAUUGAAUCUUGUUUAUUGUUCAGCCCAUUUCAACCUUGAGAUAGUGGCACAAAAUAAGCAUAAAUGCAUCUGUGGUUUGAAAGAUAAUUUGAAAAAUAUCUUGGAUGCUGAAUUGCUCAACGUAAUGGGGAAUCAACUUCAAAUAGUUCACGAGUAGUUUCUUCUGUCAUUAUGUUGCACAGAAGAGAGAAACUUUGAGGACAAAGAUAUGAGGGAUUUAUAGCUUAAAGCACCUUGCUAUUUUAAUGCUGUUUCCUUAUCCUUCACCGCUUUUCCCUUUUGAAAAGUACCAUGACUGUAAACAAGUAUUUCUCUUUGCCUUUUUCUAGGGUGUCAUUCGACAAGCAGUUAUAAUGAAACCAGAAGGAAUGCGAGUAAAUUUUGCCAAAGCUGAGAAGGCAAUGAUAAUCUAAUAGGAAAGGAGAUAUUUCCAGAUGUGUAUCAUGUUGUCUAUGCCAGAUGUAUUUACUCCUAAGUAGCCACAGAUGUUUCAACAUUUUAAAUUAAAAUACACACACACACAUACACACACUGCUCUGCAGCAGGAACAACGGAAACUUCCACAUAAAUAAAGCUCUAUUUUGUGGCCGUAGGAAAUAACUAAGAAGACAGCGGGAAAUUUAGAUAACGGUUUAAAGUGCAUGAAAUGAUUUUUUUUGACCAUUUUUGUUAAUUAGAAAUUUCCUUUUUUCUCCACAGCUGCACAGGGCAAAAAAAAAAACAAACAACAACAAGCUGUUGGCAACAAAGACGCAUCUGUGGACAGUGCUAGCCUGACCGAUGUUUAAGGGAGUAGGGAGGAAAGCUUUCACACUGGCCGUGAGCUCUGGAGGAUGGAUUGAGAAGAAAUGUAUUGGGUGGAGAGAAUAAAACUGGCAUGGGGACCAAGAAAAACAUAAUAGAACAAUUACCUCAAAGGUAAAGAAAACAACCAAAACUCCCCAUUGAACCAGCGUUGGAUCCAUUGUUCGUAUGAUACGUUAUUUUCUUGCAGUUUCUCAAAACUGGGCAAGGGAAGAAAACACAAUUAGAGGAGAGAAAUAACGCAAACCCGUGGACGUGCUGUAGGUGAUCAUGGAUAGUGAUGGGACUUUGAAGAGGGUCAGAGGAAGUUUGAGGCCUCAUGUUCCUUCCAGAGUCAAGGCCUAUGAGUAUGUCAGUAGAGGCCGUCAACCACUCUCCCGGCAGGCUGAACAGGGCCCGGAUGGGGAAAUGGAGUGAAUGAAUCAGAUGAAUCGAACCGUGAUUUAAUGACAUCACAUGACGACGGAAUUUAAGUAUUGUCAUUUCCACAGGUGGUCAUGAUGAUGGUGAGAGUAUUUAUUGAGUGUCCAAUGCAGUGUGCUACGUGCUUGAGAAAGGACAACAGAAGCACAGGCCAGAGCUGCACCAAAUGCACUGAUGUCCUUGUCUGGUUGGCAGGAGAUACAUCGCUAAAGGACUAUCUGUUCCCGGACUAUUAACUCCUGUGCUUAGCCAUGGCUGUGAAGAUCUCCCUCUGGCAUCAUUACAUCCAAGCCAUUCGGUCGCGGGAGGCUCAGAAGAUUCAAGAUUACCAAAGAGCGGAGAAUGUUUUGCUGACCGUGCUGGAGAGAGUCCACGAUAUGGAUUCCAGGUUUAUAGUGGAUUAUUCAAGAGACUUAGAAGCCUUCCAGUUUGCCCUCCGAACCUCCGAGGAUGAAUUAACGAUGGAAGUUCCUCUGCGGGUGAAUGCCGAUGCCCUUCUGGUUAAGGAGAACUCAGAUAAAGAAUCCGAGGAAACUCCAGAAGACACACCAGUCUCCUGUUUGCUAGGGAUUCCCAGGGAAGCAGUUGGCCUGGAAGGGUGGAUGACAGAGGACGUAUUUGGCGCACUGGAUGACCCUGAGUGCAGGGGACACAUUGUUCCUGGAAAGAUCCUCAAGAUUUUGAAGGACCUGCUUGUCGCUGCCAUUGUUCACUGCAAACACCAUAGGCUCAUCCUGCCAGGUGCUCUGAAUGCUGGGAAUUUAAAGGAAGAAAACCUCCAUAUGUCUCUGCUGGUCUCCAGUGGCUGGAGAAUGAUUCGAUUCAACAUUGUGCCGGUGGUGAAGAGAAAUCACAAUAUCCUUAAACUUGAAAGAACCCAACUAACCCAGGGAUUCCCAGAAGACAGCAUGAAGAAAGUCAUAUGUCAGGGGGUUGAUCUCAUCCCAUCAAGCUCUCACCACUGGAGGGUUUCCACCAAUCACCUUCUUUCGAAGCUCCUUGGUAUCGUGGGAACACUCAAGGGUCACCGCCUGGACAGUCUUUCCAUCUUGGAUCGGGUCAACAACGAGAACUGGAGAGAUGGGGGAAAGACAGCAGGCCUCACAUUUACUCAUCUGAAGAUGGUGCUGCUGUGGGCCACCGAAAUAUUCCCCUCCUCUGAGGACUGGGAGGACUUGGAAGGCUCGGUCUACCGACUCCUGGUGAUCUUGCUGUGCUGCCUGGCCACCAGAAACCUGCCCCAUUUCCUGCACCCCGAGCGCAACCUGUUUGAAAGGCAGGAUCUAGACCUGAACUUUCUGUACCAACAAGUGGAGAAAUUUGCCAGUCAACCGGAACUGUUCCUGAAGAUUCACAUCACCCAUCAGAUCACCAGCCCGCAGCGGAUCGACAAUGGCAUCAAAGCCUUCCUGCAACUUCCUGCCAACAACAGAGCCUACUGGGAUACUGCCUAUUUUGAUGUCCUGCUGGACAAGUUCCAGGUCUUCAAUAUUCAAGAGAAAGACCGGAUUUCUGCUAUGCAAAAUGUCUUCUCCAAGACCAAGAAAAUAGGUGAAGUUGGGAGUUGAGAAAAUCAUAAUUUCAUUCCUAGGAACUCUGGACUUAAUGGGUCAUUCUUGGAGCUUUCCUACGGUAUUUAAGACCUCCCUCUUCCAGGACUUCCUUGUGUGGUGAAUUUCUAAACGCUCAGAGAGCAGCUGCAAAUUACACUAAACUGUGAAUGGGCCUCAGCUUCUAGGACCGGCCUGCAAUUUACCCUUCAGUUUUAUUCUUUAAGAAGAGGUGAUGGGAUAUGUCAGGACUGCAGACCUCGCCACUGCAGUGCUCGUAUACUGAUCGUGAUGUUUUCUCCCUAGAAAUUGAUUCCCAAGCCAAGUUGCAAGACUCGUAGUGUUUUCUGCUUCCCCAAACCAGCAUGAUUCUUGUUUGAAUCUUCCCCUUAUAUGGCGAUGUAUCCACAUUAAUUAAAAUAGCUUGCAAAGCACUUUGGAAAUAGAAGGGCUAGAACGAGAUAGAGGGCUUCAUUAUACGUUCCGUAUGUACACGUGUUUCUCCUCAGUGAUGUUGCGUUGCAUCUUUGGGCUUUAAUAAAUAUAUGCCAAGGGGUCUAUGUUAGAGACACCCUCUGUA